AACUCUUCAGUUUGUUUGUGAUAGGAGACUCCCUGCUAUGUGGAUAUUUGUUAGCAAUGACUGAUGUGGAGACUACAUAUGCAGAUUUUAUUGCUUCAGGAAGAACAGGUAGAAGAAAUGCAAUACAUGAUAUCCUGGUUUCCUCUGCAAGUGGCAACAGCAAUGAAUUAGCCUUGAAAUUAGCAGGUCUGGAUAUUAACAAGACAGACGGUGAAGAAGAUGCACAACGAAACUCCACAGAAAAAAGUGGAGAAGGCCAGGGAGAAGCAGCAAAAUCUGAAAGCUAA